AUGGCUAGUCCUCCUGUUCUAGCUUUCGACGCCGAGGGCCGUCCGGUCAAAUUCGAAACCUGGCUAGAUGAUCUGCACCUUUUCCUACAGCUCACUGCCAAGGAAGAUAUUACACUGUACGACCACGCUCUCGGCCAUGCGACCGCCCCACUCGCUACUGCCCCCCCAACUGAGCGCUCACAGUGGCAGACCCGUGACGCACACGCUCGCUUUGCUAUUCGCAACUCCCUGCCGCUAGAUGAGCGCGAGCACUUCGGCCAGUGCAAGACUGCUAAGGACCUCUACACAGCUGUAGUGGCCCGCUACUCCUCACCCGCUUCUGCCACACUAGGCCGCCUCACUCUCCCCUACCUGUUCCCCGACCUAGCCUCUUUUCACACUGUCGCAGACCUCAUCACCCACCUUAAGACUAGUGAGGCUCGCUUUCGCGCUGCCAUGCCUGAUGAGUUCCUCGCUAGCAACCCCCCCCCGCUCUGGAUCACUCUCUACCACGUUGUCACCCGCCUCCCUGACUCUCUGCGCCCUGUCAGGGACCAGUUCCUCUCUCGCUCCCCCACUGAACUCACCAUAGCCCUCCUCGAGAAGGAACUGCUUGCAGCCGAGGCUAGUAUCGUCGCUGUAGGCACCUCUCGUGGCGACCCCCGCGGCCCCUUCUUCGAGGGGUGCUCCCCUUCCCCCCUCCUCCCCUCUGUCGCCUCUGCUGCUGCUGUCGACCUCCUUGGUGCUGAGAAGGUCGGGACUGCGUCUGCUUCAGGCGGACGACGCAGGGGCAGGAGUGGCAGGAGUGGGGGUGGUGGCGGAGGAGGCGGGGGUGGAGGUGGUGGCGGUGGAGGUGCGACUGGAGAGGCUAGUGGCGGCGGUGGUGGAGGUGACAGCGGUGUUGGGAGUGGUGACAGGGGCGGAGGUGGCAGCGGAGGCGGAGGUGGUCGUGGCAGCGGCAGGGGUGGAGGUGGCCGGGGCGGAGGCGGAGGGGGUGGUGGUCGUGGAGGCCCGGCGGGCGGUCAGAGUCAGCAGCCUGCCCCGACCCUUCAGGCCGCCCGUGAGUGGUAUGCGCGGCGCAGCGUCACCUGCCAGUACGUUAUUCGUACAGGUGACCGCACUGGCCAGACGUGUGGGGGGCCGCACCAGACGGAGCGCUGCUUCGCCCGCCUCAACGAUGCGUGGCGCACUCAGUUUCCUGGUGGGGGUGAGCUGCCGCGCUGGGCUGAUCUGCUCAGGAAGGGUGUUGAUAUUUGGGCACUUGACUUUGAUGCUAUUCUCACUGCCAUGUAUGCGAUGUCUAUUAGUGGAGAGGGUGCUCAGUACUUGCGUGUUCCGCCCGACCCGGGCAUUCAGGCCAGCCCUGCUGCUGCACUAGGUGCUAGUGUGUCUGCUUCCACAGGUACUACUGCAGCUGCUGCUCUAGGUGCUUCUGCGUCUGUGCCCCCUGGUACUGAGUCGACUGCAGCACUGCACACCUUCACACUUGACUCAGGUGCUUCUCGCUCUUUCUUUCGUGACCGCACUGUCCUUGAGCCUCUAGCUCGGCCGGUUGCUGUCUCUCUUGCUGACCCCUCUGGGGGUCCGGUCCUUGCGACCUCCUCCACCACCCUUCCGUGUCCAGCGGUUCCGUCCGGCAAGCUCUCAGGUCUCUACCUCCCCUCGUUCUCCACGAACUUGGUGGCAGGUAGUGCGCUCCAGGACUCGGGUGUUCACCAGUUCACCCCUGCCUACGAGCGUGUGACUCACUGCACGUGUGCUCGGACGGGCCGCCACCUGGCUACUUUCACUCGAGAGCCGGGGUCUGACCUGUACACACUGACCACUGAGUCCCCUCAGGUAGCUGCGUCUGCGUCAGCGUCAGGUCAGCUGUCCGCCCCUUGCUCGUGUCGCUCUCUGGCGAACGACACCGUCCUCUGGCACCACCGCCUUGGUCACCCGUCUGUGCAGCGCCUGCGGGCCAUGCACAAACGGGACCUUGUUGCUGGUCUUCCCAGGGUGCUCCCUCCCCUUCCUGACUCCCCUGCUCCUGACUGCAUUCCCUGUGUCGAGGGGCGGCAGCGCGCCGCUCCUCACUCCUCCUCCUUUCCCCCGACGACCGCUCCCCUGCAGACGCUCCACAUGGACGUGUGGGGCCCAGCCCGCGUCCGUGGUCAGGGUCAGGAGAGGUACUUCCUGAUAGUUGUUGACGACUACUCGCGCUACACCACGGUCUUCCCCUUGCGCGCCAAGGGUGACGUCCCUGGUGUUUUGAUCCCCUGGAUCAGCCGAGCCCGUCUCCAGCUAGGCGAGCGCUUUCACUCGGACUUUCCUGUCCUGCGCCUGCACUCUGACAGAGGUGGUGAGUUUGCCUCCGACCUCCUGGCAGCCUACUGUGCUGAGCACGGCAUUGAGCAGUCGUACACGCUUCCGGCCUCUCCACAGCAGAAUGGGGUUGCUGAGCGCCGCAUUGGCUUAGUCAUGGAGGUCGCUCGUACCUCCCUGACCCAUGCGGCUGCUCCCCACUUUCUGUGGCCGUUUGCGGUCCGGUACGCUGCGCAUCAGCUCAACCUCUGGCCCCGUGUCUCCUUGCCGGAGACUUCCCCGACUCUGCGGUGGACGGGAGAGGUUGGCGAUGCGUCGCGUUUCCGGGUGUGGGGAUCCCGAGCUUUUGUCCGCGACACGUCUGUGGACAAGCUCUCCCGUCGCGCUCUUCCCUGUGUCUUCCUUGGCUUUGUUCCCGACGCGCCUGGAUGGCAGUUUUACCACGUCACCUCGCGCCGGGUUCUGGCCUCUCAGGACGUCACUUUUGACGAGUCCGUCCCCUUCUACCGCCUCUUCCCCUACCGCACUGCCCCGCUCCCCCCCCCGCCUCUCUUCCUCGCUCCAGGUGCUGAGGUACCAGACCCCCUCCCCCCUCAGGGUGCCGCUCCCUCAGGUGUGUCCCAGGUAGACCCGGGUGAGCCUGUCGAGGUAGCUGUUGACUCGCGUCCUGCGUCUGGGGGUGCUGAGCCUGGGAGUGCUGCGUCUGAGGGUGCGGAGCCUGGGGGUGCUGAGCCUGGAGGUGCGGAGCCUGGGGGUGCUGAGCCUGGAGGUGCGGAGCCUGGAGGUGCGGAGCCUGGAGGUGCGGAGCCUGGAGGUACUGAGCCUGGGGGUGCUGAGUCUGGACGUGCUGAGUCUGGGGGUGCUGAGUCUGGGGGUGCUGAGUCUGGGGGUGCUGAGCCUGAGCGUGCUCCACCUGGAGGAGCCCUCUCCUCCCAGCAGCUGCAGGAGAGGUACCUCGAGUACUGCCGCCUCCGGAGAGGUGCUUCUGGAGCUCGUCCCGGUACUUCCCCUCCUACCCAGGAGCUCCCCCCCAUUCAGGUGAUCCGCGAGUGGUACACGCGGCGCUGCAGUCUUCGUAGUGGUGCUCCUGGUGCUGCGGACCCGAGCGGUGGUGCUGUUGCUGGUGCUGAGGACCCGGACGCUGGAGCUGCUGCUGGUGCUGAGGACCCGGGGGCUGGAGCUGCUGCUGGUGCUGAGGACCCGGGCGUUGGAGCUGCUGCUGGUGCUGAGGACCCGACCGGUGGCGCUGCUGCUGGUGCUGAGGACCUGACCAGUGGCCGUGCUGCUGGUGCUGAGGACCCGGGCGUUGGAGCUGCUGCUGGUGCUGAGGACCCGACCGGUGGUGCUGCUGCUGGUGCUGAGGACUCGGGCGUUGGAGCUCCUACUGGUGCUGAGGACCCGGGCGUUGGAGCUGCUGCUGGUACUGAGGACUCGGGCGUUGGGGCUGCCACUGGUGUCCCUGCUGCUUCUGGAGACGCUGCGCGGCCGCGACCGUACUUCGUACCGCUCCUUCAGCAGGUUCUUGGUCAGGCUCCUCCUCCUAGUCCUCCUCCCUCCGUCGAGUGUCCUCUGCCUGUCCAGCCGCAGUCACAGUUACCGCCUGCCUCGCCUCUCCCUGCUCCCUCCCCUUACGCUGGUCCCACAGGAGGUCUUACAGAGCGUCGUGAGCCUGAGUCUCGUCCUGCGUCGCCUGUUCGUACUGCUCGCACUGGUCGUCGUGUCCCACGUGAGCGUCCUCCUCCUAUCCCUGGCACUCACUACAUGACUCUGCGUCCCUCCACUGCUCCGCAGCGUGUCCCGCUGCCGUCUCCUCCUGCGUCCUCUCUUCCUACUCUUUCUGACCCGGAGUCUGACUCCCGUCGUGCUGCCAGUCCCACUGUUACGCGUCUCCUCGCUACAGUUGUCACUGACCCGACCUUUGAGUCCUCUGCUGCGUCUGCUCUGGUUGCUGAGUUGGUUGACUUUGCUGCUCGCUGUCGCCUAGACUACGCUGCCAGCCUUGUCGCUAGUUGCCCCUGA